AUGUUGCCUGGGUUACCUGAGGAAAUUAUUCUACAAAUCCUUUCUUUUGUGGAUGCAAAAACCGCAGUUCAAACAUCAGUUUUGAACAAACGGUGUAGGUAUCUGUGGGCUUCCCUGCCCGUUAUUAACUUUGAUGAUGCGUCAUUCCAAGAUGCUAUGUCUUUUGAGGAUUUUGUAGAUAAUUUUUUGUCUUGCAGAGAUACUUCCACCAUUGUUUCCAAUGUUAAUUUAAAGUGUCACUAUAAUGUGGUAGAUUCCAUCAUUGAGCAUCUUAUUGAUACACUAUCCAUAACCACUACCGUUGAGGUUUUAUCUAUGUUCCCUGAUAAAUUAAAGGAUGAAUCUUCUCCUUUCACUAGAAUGCAAACUUUUGAGUUAAUAUGUGAUAAAUCUUCCUCUUUUAUCAUGCCUAAGGACGAUCAAAAUGGAAAAACCAAUAUUGUUGAAGAUGGCCUUUGCGAGGAAGUUAAACGGAAUUAG